CGGCAACGUCGCGUUCCUCCUCGCGGCGGCGCUCAUGUUCACCGCCGUGACCCCUUCGCAGCUCACGGUGGGGCGGCUCGUCGCCGGUCUCGCCGUGGGGUUCAGCACAAGCCUAUGCACCGUAUACAUAGGCGAGUGCGCCCCCGCGGCGACGCGCGGCGCGCUCACCUCCUACGCGCCCCUCGGCGUCACCGUCGGCAUCCUGACGAGCUACUUCGUCAGCCUGCCGCUGACCAACGUGGUCGGCGGCUGGAGGCUCACGCUGGCGAUGUGCGCGGUUCCGGCGACGGCACAGCUCUGUCUCAGACAUUGGCUGGUGGAGUCGCCGAGGUGGCUCGCAGAGCGCCGGGGCGACAUCGCGGGAGCGAGGCGAUGCCUCCGCUUCCUGGGCCAGCCAGACGCCGACUUGUCGACCCUCGCCGACGACGACGAGUCGGUCGGGGGGUCGGGUCGUUUAAAUCGCCAGCCCCGUCAAUCGGUGACAUUCAAAGCCCUGGUCACCGAACGAAGGUACCGCAAGCCCGCGUUGAUCGCGUGCGGGCUCAACGCGCUGCAACAGCUGUGCGGAAUCAACGUCGUCGUCUACUACGCGCCGCGGAUCCUGAAUCAACUCGGGUUUACCCCCGUCGCCGCGAUAGGCUUCGUGUGCGUGAUCGGGGUGGCGCAGCUGGUGGUGGGGAGCAGGAUAGGGGCAAUCAUCGACGCGGUGGGUCGGCGGCCCGUGGCGCUGGGCGGCAUCGCCGGGUUGGCCGUCGGACUCGCGAUGCUCGCGGCGUCGAGUCACUUAACGCCGGCGGGACACGCGUGGGCGCCGUGGAUCGCGGUGCUCGGGAUCCUGGUGUUCAGGCUGAGCUUCUCCGCGAGCAUGGCGCCGAUCCCGUACGUUGUGAGCGCGGAGGUGUUCCCGUCGGAGGCGAGGAGCGUUGGCGCGGCUGCGGGCGCGGCGGCGAGGGAGGUUGCCAACGUCGUCGUCACCGGCUCGUUCAUCCCGCUGGUGAAUGCGCUCGGCGCGACGGGGACGUGGGUGCUGUACGUGGCUGUGGUGUGCGUCGCGUUUUUUGUGGUGCGUGCGACGCUGCCGGAGACGCGGGGACGGACGUUAGAGAGCAUGGAGGACGGUGUGUAGCCCGCGGGUCGACACCGGGUUGGGACGGCGCUCGAGCCUCGUUCACGUUUUUCCGCAAAGACUGAAGCGUCGAAAGAACACGGCAAGAUCUCGAGUCACGAGGAGAGAGAAGUAUUACCAUGUCAUCAAAAGUAAGUUAAUGCUUGCGGUGUGUUAACUACUAGCUGGCUAGUGUUAACACUUAUUCUUAAACGAAAAAGGUCGUGGACCCGU